AUAACCGCCACUGGCGGGGAGAUGGUUUUUCAGUCUUGUCGCGCCGCAGCUGAGACAAAUCAGUGAAUUCAGCGUUUCUAUUCAUGGCCGUCGCACUGGAGUGGACUUCCAAGAAACAUAUGUAAACAUUAAUAUGGCUUCGUUGAACCAGAACAGCAGCGAAUCUUUUACGAGCGGCAUCGAGUAUAACUGCAACAAAACACAGGAGGCGAUUUUUUUGGUCCUCUACGCAGUUGUAGGGAUUGUCAUGUUUUUUGGGAACAGUUUCGUCUGCGUGGUUUUCUUAGCGUCCAGGAAACUUCGCCAUAGUUUCAUGAAUAUGUUUCUGUUAAGCUUGUCAGCCUCGGACAUCCUAAUGGCUGCUUUUGUUAUUCCCUUUUACACAGUUCACUGUUUCCGAGACUGUCCUCAUUCGCUGACCUCUUACUGUUGGCUUUUAAGAAAGGCUCGAGACUUCGUACUGGCGGCAACCACGCUCAACAUUUGCGCAAUUACUUACGAUCGUUUUCUCGCCAUUCUCCGUCCGUUGCAAUACGGUGCCAAAAUGACAAGACUUAGAGUAGGGGUCAUUUUAACAGCCGUGUGGUUGAUUCCCGCCGUGGUAGCUGCAACACGCAACGCAUGGAAUCAAAGAACUGACGACAACGCACAGCGUCACCUUAAAGUCAAGUUGUAUGACACAUUUGUCGUUAUAAUCCCAGUGCUUCUGUUUCAGAUUGGAAUUGUGACUGUUAACAUUCAGAUAAUUCGUAAUAUUCACAAACACGAACAAGCUGCUAAGAUUUGUGGUGCUUUGCAUUCACCAGAUCAACAAAAAAAAGACCUGAGAGAAAUUUCCCGUUUAAGAAAGGGAACAACAUCAUGUGUUAUUGUUGUGAUGACAUUUGUAAUAUGUUGGUUGCCAAAAACUGUGCAUAAUUUUAGCUAUAUUGUGGAUUCUCCAGAUCCUCUCUUAUCAAGUCCCUUAUUUUUCAGAAUUUGUUUUAUUUUCCUAUUUAUACAAUCGUCUUUCAAUCCAUUUAUUUACACUGUGUAUAGAGCACAAUUCAGAAAAGCUACAAGGGACAUUAUCACAAGAUUUUAUCUCGGCCCAAAGCAACAGAAAAAUAAUUCUUAUCUCUGAUUGGAAACUCAUGUUGUCAAUAGUGUCUGUUUUAUUUCAUUUGUUAUGCAUAAUGCAAUUAGAAAAAGGCCAACAGCUAUGUUUUUGCGACGAGAUGUCUCGUUUGAUAUACACGCUAUCGAUGACAUAAUCUGUUUUUCCAAA